AUGCUUCUAAAACGGCAUACGCGUGUUGUCACUGCAGCUGCAUUCUCUCCCAACAACGAUCUCCUGGCUUCAGGUUCUCACGACAACACCGUUGUACUUUGGUGGGUUCUCACUGGCAAAGUGAUUCAACAACUGGAAGGCCACGUAGACGGGAUAACUGCGGUCGCAUUCUCGCCGGACUCGACCUUCGUGGCCUCUGCGGCGGAUGAUAAGACUGUGCGGCUUUGGCGGAUAGAUGGCGGAGAGUGCAUACAUGUGAUUCAUAUUGGUAACACGACGUCGCAGCUUCGAUUUGAGCCUAGCGGGGCACUCCUUCAUACAGAUGUUGGCGCGAUCUCAAUUGAUCACGCCUCGUCGAUUGCUGGUCGCUCUGGCUAUGGGAUCAGCGAAGAUCGCUGCUGGAUUACCUGGCAAGGAAAGAAGGUGCUUUGGCUCCCGGCAUCAUACCGUCCGCGUUUGUCAGCCGUUGCUAGAUCCACGGUUGCAAUUAGGAACAGAUCAGGGAGAAUGCUGAUGAUGAAACUCGCCGUUGAGGAGCUGCUGAACUGA